GGGAGUGAGAUGAUCCACUGUGGUGACCCCUAUAGGGAGCAGUCCAAAGAAGUUGAAAAUGUAUAUUGAUUUAUAGAUGAUGUCAGCAGGUAGGUCUGAUGGCACUAAAUAAUUAGUUUUGAGCAACAGUUCGACAUAAACACCGAUGCCAAUUGCAGUGUCAGAUUUAAUAGUCUGAUAGUUUACAGAAAUUUGAUUCAAGCAGCUUUUUAGCAUUAAAUUACAUUCACCAAGUCCGUGAUUUACUGACAGCUGUCAAAUACAGUCACAUAUUAAUUUCAGUUUGGUUUGAUUUUGUCGUUAAACAAGCUACACAGUCCUCCAAUAAAUCAUCAAUAAGUAUUUAUGUAAGAAUACAGCUGAAGAGUUAAAGAGCAAACAUAAAGUUGUUAAUUUGAAGGUUUUAGCCGACAUGCUCGUCCUCGUCGGUUUGUUUUCUUUCCACGUGGACGUGCUGCGCGCAACCGAGCUGGUCGCGGAAGUGACGGCAAGGCGGCGAUGGCGGCUCGCAGUUUCAUUCCGGAUUUCCACUGGACUACAAACUGAUUUUAACCGGCCCGGUUAGACUUUGGGGAACUUUUGCAAUACUGUCUCCAUUCGGACGCCGCACAGACUCAAGUCGCGUUGAAGUGGUGCCUGUCAAGGAAGGACCCCACAGCAUUUUUGUGGUCUAUUUUUCUCUAAGGUUCAAGGUGGUCACCCUGUCGAGCUAGCGGUAGCUCGGUGGCUACGAGCUAACGGUAGUUGGUAUACAUACGGCUAGCUCCUGAGCUAGCUUGUCAACGAGCUGCGUGCUAAGGUCCACACAGCAGCAGUCGUCAUUCUCCGGCUUUUCUUUCGACCACCUCAUCGUUUGCUUGUCACCGUUACAAUGCGAAGUUACCCUGUUUGAUGCUAAUUGUGCCGCAAUUGUGCAGAGCGAGGUACUCACACGUUUGCUUGGCCUCUCCAAUAAUUAAGAGUUGCUAGUUUGGCGGCUGUGGCUAGACACCAGAAUUUUGACUCUGUGGUAAGCAAGUCCUUUCAGUAAUUACCCCUUCCCAGCAACUUGGUGAAAACCGCGUUGCCUAGUUAUUAACAUGCUGAAGACCCGGCAGUGUUUACUUGGCAUCCGCACUUUUCUCGGCGUAACGUCCAGAAUAUGGGGCUUCAUCAUGUACAUCCUCAGGAAGCACCUACGAACGAUAAUCCAGUAUCAGACGGUGCGAUACGACACUUUGCCUCUGUCCCCCAUCUCCAGAAACAGGCUCAAUGCAGUAAAGAGGAAGAUUCUGGUUCUGGACCUAGAUGAGACCCUGAUCCACUCUCAUCAUGACGGGGUCCUGAGGCCUACAGUGAGACCUGGCACACCGCCAGACUUCAUCCUCAAAGUCGUCAUUGAUAAGCACCCAGUCAGGUUCUUCGUACAUAAAAGGCCACAUGUUGACUUCUUUUUAGAAGUGGUGAGCCAGUGGUACGAGCUGGUGGUUUUCACAGCCAGUAUGGAGAUCUACGGCUCGGCAGUGGCAGAUAAACUGGAUAACAACAGGAACAUUCUGAAACGAAGAUACUACAGACAGCACUGUACAUUGGAUCUAGACAAUGCAAUACCCAUCAAGUCCUGGUUCAGCGACCCUAGUGAUACAGCACUUCUUAACUUGCUGCCUAUGCUGGAUGCACUAAGGUUCACUGCUGAUGUCCGCUCCGUCCUCAGUCGAAACCUCCACCAGCACCGGCUCUGGUGAUUGGCUGAAUUGAGAGGGAUCGGGCUUGUUGACCAGCCUCUUCUCUCCGCCGGCUUCCACCCUGCCCUCCAUUCCCACGUAGACGACCCACCAGCCCUCUCCGAGCCCCUCAGCCGCAUCCUGAGGAGACGGGGGCUGGGGUGACCGCCUAACACAGGAUGAACAGUAUGGGAUCAACAGAACCCACGAACUACUGGGGAGGGAGGGGGAGCCAGCUUUUUUUUUUUUUUUUUUUUU